UGCCCCUGCCAGCUUGGCUUCUCCAACACAAGGGGAUGAUGGGAUGGCUCUUGCCCCUGCCAGCUUGGCUUCUCCAACACAAGGGGGUGAUGGGAUGGCUCUUGCCCCUGCCAGCUUGGCUUCUCCAAUACAAGGGGGUGAUGGGAUGGCUCUUGCCCCUGCCAGCUUGGCUUCUCCAAUACAAGGGGGUGAUGGGAUGGCUCUUGCCCCUGCCAGCCUGACUCUCCAAUACAAGGGGGUGAUGGGAUGGCUCUUGCCCCUGCCAGCUUGGCUUCCCAGAUAUAAGGGGCAGAUAGGAUGG